UGUGUGUGUGUGUGUGUGUGUGUGUGUGUGUGUGUGUGUGAGUUUGUGUGUGCGUGUGUGCGUGUGUGUGUGUUGUGUGUGCUUAUACUGAUGUUUCACUGUACAAAGAGGACGUAAUAAUAAUCCACCACCAUGAGCCGGACCACCUUUUUUGAGGUGAGGAUCCUGGAUGCCAACACGAAAGAGCACCUUUGUUUUUUGGAUAAGGUGGAGCCCUACUCAACAAUAGGAGACAUCAAGGGCCUUUUUCACAAAUCAUAUCCUCAGUGGUAUCCAGCAAGACAGGCCCUGAGACUUGAUCCUAAGGAAAAAUCCCUCCGAGAUGAUGAAAUCUUACAGAAUCUACCAGUUGGGACCACUGCCACCAUGUACUUCAGAGAUCUUGGUCCACAGUUAGGCUGGACUAUGGUGUUUAUGGCAGAGUGCAUUGGGCCUCUUCUCACCUACCUCCUCUUUUAUUUUCGAGUGCCGUACAUUUACCCACACGAACACGGCUUUACCUCAAGUCCCCAUCCUGUUGUCAGACUGGCCUGUGCCUGUCACACCUUCCACUACAUGAAGAGGCUGAUGGAGACUGUCUUUGUGCAUCGUUUCUCCCAUGGGACCAUGCCUCUCGGGACAAUGGUCAGGAAUUGUACCUAUUACUGGGGCUUCUCAGCUUGGUUGGCAUACUACAUCAACCACCCUCUUUACACGCCUCCAUCAUAUGGAGCACUACAAGUCAACUAUGCACUAGUCAUGUUUGCUAUGUGUGAACUUGGAAACUUCUCCAUUCACUUGACUCUUACUUAUCUCCGAGGAGAGGGGUCCGGGAGCAGACGGUUUCCUACGCCAACGAAGAACCCCUUCACAUGGCUAUUUUUCUUUGUAUCCUGUCCAAAUUACACAUAUGAGGUCGGAGCUUGGGUGAGCUUCUCCAUCAUGACCCAGUGUCUCCCAGUGGCAUUGUACACUUUACUAGGCUUCAUUCAGAUGACUAUCUGGGCCAAGGGGAAGCACAGAGCCUACAGCAGGGAGUUCAAGGACUACCCAAAACUCCGGAUGGCCAUUAUCCCCCUGAUUCUCUGAUAGGGAUCCAAAACAUGAAAUAUUGUUCCUCAAGUGUUUUUUGCUAAAACAGAGAGGUUUGCUGCAGCUUAAGCGAGCACAAUGCAAGUUGUUUUUAUGAACUGGAACGGGAAUGGGAGCAAUAAUAUUUUGGAAAUAUACUAGAGCAUUUAAAGCUUUAGUGCGUAACUUUUUGAUAUUAUUGAACGUUUGUUAGAUUCAAGCCAUUGCCAAAUGAGUUGCUACAAAGCUAGUUAAGACUAUCAGGCUAUGUUCAGAAGAUUUUGGCGUGAUGUGUGAAGAUAAAGACCUCUUCUGAAGAGUCCAUCAUGUUGUCUUUAAUCCUCUGUGUCCUCCUUGGCUACUAGCAGCUGCGUGGAAGGGGGUUGGCACGGUCACGGAAGGCUUGUAUCACGUGGACGUGCCGACAGUUUUGUUGUCGUUACUUAGAAUUCCUCAUGGGGGGGCGACAGAAACUACGCACUGUCGCUUUAAACAGCUGGGGACAUUUGAAUUGUUUGUCCGGUUUUAACAUGUGUUUUAGUUUCUUCCUGGGAUGUGAUGUUGUGAUAUGAAGUCAGUAAUGAGAUUACAUACAUCUGUCAUAUUCUCUAUGCUGUGUUAACCCUGGUUACACAUUAUCAUUGGAUAGUUUUGAUAUAAAGGAAGCAUUUACCAAGCAACCCUUUUUCAAACCAGCCCACACACACCAUUAACACACAACACUAAUAAACUGAAAGAAGUAAAAUAUACUCUAGCUUAUAAUGAAGUGCUUAUGGAAACUAGAAUUUAAAAUGUCAUGGCAUCUAUUGGAGAGUGCAACAUCCCAUUUAAGUUCUCAGGAGGAAAGCUGAUAAAGCUGACAUUUAAUUAUGCUAAUAUUAGGCUUCUUCACCGUAUAUCUCAGAUGUUUUCUUCAGAGAAAUGGAAACAAUAUUGUAGAAGUGUAUCUUCUGGCAUUAAUAUGUAAAGGGCUUAUCAGUUAGUCAGUGGUAACUGUUGUUCCCCAGCUCUAAUGGCUCUAAUCUCAGGUUUUAUUUAACUGUUAAAAACAGUUUUGUAUAAAUAUGAAUGAGAGUAAUCUCAAGUGUAAAACAAAUCAAACAGGUUGUCUUGGGGAGGGGGAGGGGAAGAGGUCCACAUCGUAAGGAAAAAUGUAACUUUAUUUGACAUGAUGCCCCUUUCAUGUGAUUAAGCGCAAAGAUUGGCUGGCAUAAAUAUUUCACAUGAAAUCAAAUUGAAUUUCAUAGCAGCGUGAGGAUUUCAUGAAAAUCAUGGGCUGUAUUGCACUAGUAGAACAUCUUAAAAAUGAUGAUGCUUCAACUAAAACUGCGUCAAUAAAGUGCCGAUGCUUUGCUUCUCGGAGUGCUUAUUUCACAUAUCUAAAGAAGGCAAAAAAAA